UCAAAAGACGACUUCUUGUUUUGUGCGACUGGAACUAUCAUCGAGAUUGCAAUCUGCGUCUACCGCAGGUUCACCUCACGAGUUUUCCAUUGCGGGCCUUCCAGUGGAGCCUACGACACGGAAAGAUAAAAAGCUUUCUUGAGGAAUCAAAAAUAAUGCCGGUGGUUAAAGUAGAGAAAGACCCUCCGGCGGACACGUCCUCGGCGGUCCCUGACCCUCCAGAGGAGCAGCCCCGAGGUCGACGCAGGAAAAGACCCCUGCAGCGAGGCAAACCGCCCUACAGCUACAUCGCCCUUAUCUCCAUGGCCAUCGCUAACUCCCCAGACCGCAAGCUGACGCUGGGCGGCAUCUACAAGUUCAUCACGGAGCGCUUCCCCUUCUACCGGGACAAUUCCAAGAAGUGGCAGAACUCCAUCCGUCACAAUUUAACGCUCAAUGACUGCUUCAUCAAGAUCCCCCGGGAGCCAGGGCGCCCGGGGAAGGGCAACUACUGGGCCUUGGACCCCAACGCCGAGGACAUGUUUGAGAGCGGCAGUUUUCUGCGGCGGAGGAAGCGCUUCAAGCGAUGCGACCUGAGCACCUACGCCUCGUUCGUUCAGGAGAAUCCGGUUUUCACGCCGGUCCAGAUCACGAGGUCGGCGGCAUACUCCAACGCGGUGUACCCUAACAUGACCGUCAGCCCAUCCUACGGGCAACAGCUACCCUCCGCCUACUACCCUUCGCAGUCGCCUCCCGGCUUUGGCCCGCCUCAGACUCGCAUGUUCAGUAUCAACAACUUAAUCGGAUCUCCGACCGGCAUGCUUGGCGCUCAGGGGCCGGACGGGAUGCAGCUGCCCGGCCGCAGCUUUACCCCCGAGGGGAUCUCCAACGGAUCCAGCCCCUGUAGUCUGGCACCGCCGAGUUUCCAGAGCCAGACGUGCGGGGGCGCCGCCCCGCCCCGCUCCACCCCCUCCGUACACCCGGGGUUCACCUAUUCUGUACCGAGCCACCAACACCACCACCAUCACACCGCCCCCCAGGGCCCCUACGGACAAGGCCAGAGCCAAGUGUACGCCGCCUCCAGUCGCCUGGGCUCCUCAGGCGAGACGGAAGACCCCUACAGUAGGGUCUCGCCAGUACAGUUGGGGUCUUUCUCCCAGUACAACAGCGCCAAUGCAGGAGGUUACCUGCGACACCCGCCCUACACCGGGAACAUGGACAGGUUUGUGUCUGCUCUCUGACGGUUGACAACUCGAGACAAUUUUCCAGCGCCUUUUCACUGUCUUCAAGAUAUUCGACCAGGACAUUAUAAUUCAAGCUUACACAUACGAGAAGAUCAAAGGAAAAUCUUCAGCUUUCAUUUAUUUGACAAGCUAAAACCAAUCCAUUAGUUAAGACAAAUAUAUGCUCAGGAAUCAAUUCUAAUAGGUCAAUAUUGAAAUAUUUGAACGGCUAGAUGAUAAAGCAAAUUCUGAAAGAUUUUUUUAGAUUUUGGGGUGUCCGCAACCCACAACAAUAGAACCGGCCCUGUACUGAGCCACAGCAGACUUACAUCUUCACAUUCACAACCAAAAUAACUACUAAAAAAAUAGCAAGUCACGCUAUUUCUUGCUUUAAUUAAAUUCGAUUUUUAUUACUAA